GGCAGAAGGAGGAAGGCAGGAGGCAGGAGGAGGGAGGCAGGAGGCUCCCGGCCCCCGUGCCGCCGAGGAGAAGCCGUGCGAAAGCCGUCCCAGCCGUCGGGGAUCCUCUGGGGUCCCCACGCACGGCAGCGAGGAUGGCGAGGACCAUGAGACCCGACGACAUCAACCCCCGGACGGGGCUGGUGGUGGCUCUGGUCAGCGUCUUCCUGGUGUUCGGCUUCAUGUUCACCGUGUCCGGUAUCAAGGGGGAGACGCUGGGGGACAUCCCGCUGCUGGCCAUCGGGCCGGCCAUCUGCCUGCCGGGCAUCGCUGCCAUCGCGCUCACCAGGAAGACCGACGGCUGCACCAAAUGGCCCAAGAACAAGUGUCCGUGCUGCAAGCAAGGCAGGGACCGCGAUGUCAUGGAGCUGCUGAGGACGCCCUCGGACCUGGAGUCCGGCAAGGGGAGCUGCGACGAGCUGGCCAAGAAGGCGUACCACAAGGACCGCAGGGCACCACGCGGUGAGGACUCGGUGUCCAUCUGCACCACCACCACCACCACCACCACGGCGGGAGAGUGCAAGAGCCUCAUCAGGAAGGUGGACCAGGAGGAGAUGCUGAGAUACCUGGAGACCUGCUACCCGGAGAUGCCAGGGAACGUGUUUGUGGGAGACGGCUCCACAUACAGUGCCUUGGAGAAGAAGAGCUCUUCUCCCACCAGGAACAGCGAUGCUUGCCCAGACGUUGAAGACAACAUUUUUGUUGCUCCUAAGGACAGCAUCAUCGUCUGCUCCUACAAGGAGAACAGCCCUUAUGACAGAUACUGUUGUUACAUAAACCCUACCGGAGUCGCCUCAGACCAGGAGACCAUAGUGUGAACAAUGCAUACUUUAUAUAUAUGUACGUAUUUAUACAAAAACUACAGCUCCAACGUCUUGAUAGGGGAUAAUAUAGCUGACUGCACUGCAUGGGACAAUCCUGAUACUAUUACAAUUUAACCCGGUAUGUGACUGAUACUCAAACCUUUUGUGCCUGAAAUACUCUUUCUGUAAGUAAACAAGCAUGUUUAAAGGUUAAAGAAUUCAAUUUUUCAUUUUGGGGGGAAAAAAAUAAUCCUUUUUAAUCUUACUUUCUCCCCUCCUCUCCCCUUUGUUUUCCUGCUGUCUGUCGUACACGAGCCCAUAGACACGCUGGCAGGAGGUCAGCUGUGAGCAGGAGCUGAGUCAAAACUCUGGAGCUGUCUGCAGAAAACUCUGUGGUGCUCUGAGUGUGUCCUGGUAAUAGUAUCACCUUGCUUU